AUGGCUGAUUCUACUGCACCUACGGGCGCCGGGCCCGCGAUCAACACCCCGAUCGAGUCUGGAAAGUUUGACGAGAAGGAGGGAUUGGCCCACAACAACCCGGCCGCUAAGCCUAAGGUCGCCGAGGAGGAGGAGGAAGAUGAGGACAUCGAUGCCUUGAUCGAGGACCUCGAGUCGGUCGACGGACAUGGCGACUUUGAGGAGGAGGAGGAGGAAGCCGGUCCCGGUGCCGCCCGUGUUAUCCCAGAGGACCUGCUCCAAACUUCGACUCGCACCGGUCUCACCGAGCAGGAAGUGCAGGCUCGUCGCCGCAAGUAUGGUCUUAACCAAAUGAAGGAAGAGAAGGAGAACUUGAUCAUGAAGUUCCUUGGGUACUUCAUUGGUCCCGUCCAGUUCGUCAUGGAGGCCGCCGUUAUCCUUGCUGCCGGUCUUCAACACUGGGUUGAUUUCGCCGUCAUUUGCGCUCUUCUGCUGCUUAACGCUUGUGUUGGUUUCAUCCAGGAGUUCCAAGCUGGUUCCAUCGUCGACGAGCUGAAGAAGACUCUCGCCCUGAAGGCUGUCGUCCUCCGUGACGGUCAGCUCAAGGAGGUCGAGGCUCCCGAGGUCGUCCCCGGUGACAUUCUUCAGGUUGAGGAGGGUACCAUCAUUCCCGCCGACGGUCGCAUUGUCACCGACGAUGCCUAUCUCCAGGUUGAUCAGUCUGCCAUCACUGGCGAGUCUCUUGCUGUCGACAAGCACAAGGGCGACCAGUGCUAUGCUUCUUCCGCCGUCAAGCGUGGUGAGGCUUUUGUUGUCAUCACCGCCACUGGUGACAGCACCUUCGUCGGUCGCGCUGCCGCCCUUGUCAACGCUGCCUCCGCCGGUAGCGGUCACUUCACCGAGGUGCUCAACGGCAUCGGUACAGUUCUCCUGAUCCUGGUCGUCUUCACCAACCUGGUCGUCUGGGUCUCCUCUUUCUACCGCAACAACCCCAUUGUUCAGAUCCUUGAGUUCACCCUGGCCAUCACCAUCAUUGGUGUGCCCGUCGGUCUUCCCGCUGUCGUCACCACCACCAUGGCUGUCGGUGCCGCCUACCUCGCCAAGAAGAAGGCUAUCGUUCAGAAGCUCAGUGCCAUCGAGUCCCUUGCUGGUGUCGAGAUUCUUUGCUCCGACAAGACUGGUACUCUGACCAAGAACAAGCUCUCGCUCUCUGAGCCCUACACCGUCGCCGGUGUCGAGCCCGAAGACCUCAUGCUUACUGCCUGUCUCGCUGCCUCCCGCAAGAAGAAGGGUAUGGACGCCAUUGACAAGGCUUUCCUGAAGUCGCUCAAGUACUACCCCCGCGCCAAGGCUGCCCUGUCCAAGUACAAGGUCCUUGAGUUCCACCCCUUCGACCCCGUCUCCAAGAAGGUUACCGCUAUUGUCGAGUCUCCCCAGGGUGAGAUCAUCACCUGCGUCAAGGGUGCUCCUCUGUUUGUGCUCAAGACCGUCGAGGAGGACCACGAGAUCCCCGAGGCCGUCGACCAGGACUACAAGAACAAGGUCGCGGAGUUUGCUACCCGUGGAUUCCGUUCGCUCGGUGUCGCCCGCAAGCGGGGCGAGGGUGCCUGGGAGAUCCUUGGUAUCAUGCCCUGCUCUGACCCUCCCCGCCACGAUACCGCCCGCACUAUCAAUGAGGCCAAGAACCUGGGUCUGUCCAUCAAGAUGCUUACUGGUGAUGCUGUCGGCAUCGCUCGUGAGACCUCUCGCCAGCUCGGUCUUGGUACCAACGUCUACAAUGCUGAGCGCCUGGGUCUUGGUGGUGGCGGUGACAUGCCCGGCUCUGAGGUCUACGAUUUCGUUGAGGCCGCCGACGGUUUCGCCGAGGUUUUCCCCCAGCACAAGUACAACGUCGUCGAGAUUCUGCAACAGCGUGGUUACCUGGUUGCCAUGACUGGUGAUGGUGUCAACGACGCUCCGUCGCUGAAGAAGGCUGAUACCGGUAUCGCUGUCGAGGGUGCCUCUGACGCCGCCCGCUCUGCUGCUGAUAUCGUCUUCCUUGCCCCCGGUCUUGGUGCCAUCAUCGACGCCCUCAAGACUUCUCGCCAGAUUUUCCACCGUAUGUACGCCUACGUCGUUUACCGUAUCGCUCUUUCCAUCCACUUGGAGAUCUACCUUGGUAUCCUGAUUGCGGCCCUCAACCAGUCGCUCAACAUCAACCUGGUCGCUUUCAUCGCCAUCUUUGCCGAUAUUGCCACCCUGGCCAUCGCCUACGACAACGCUCCUUACUCCAAGUCGCCCGUUAAGUGGAACCUGCCCAAGCUCUGGGGAAUGUCCGUCCUUCUCGGUGUUGUCCUGGCCAUCGGUACCUUCAUCACCAUCACCACCAUGUAUGUGCACGGUGAGGACGGUGGUAUCGUCCAGAACAACGGUCAGAUCGACGCUGUCGUCUUCCUUGAGAUCUCCCUUACUGAGAACUGGCUGAUCUUCAUCACCCGUGCCAACGGUCCCUUCUGGUCUUCCAUCCCCUCGUGGCAGCUCACUGGUGCUAUCUUCGUUGUCGACAUCAUCGCCUCUUGCUUCGCCAUCUGGGGUUGGUUUGUCGGCAGCAAGAUGACCCACAUCGUUGCCGUCGUCCGUAUCUGGGUAUUCUCCUUUGGUGUCUUCUGCAUCAUGGGCGGUCUUUACUACAUUCUCCAGGACAGCCAGGGCUUUGACAACCUCAUGCACGGCAAGUCCCCUAAGGGCAACCAAAAGCAGAGGUCUCUCGAGGACUUUGGUAAGUUUCAACGUGUUCCUCCCCUUUUCGUCCAUAUGCACAACACGUGA